AUGGUCAGCAAAGACCGCGGUCUCAUCCAGAUUGACCACGUUUUGUGGAUCGAUUUUGUAUUCGCGGACAAGCUUGCGCAAGUGAAAGAUGAAAUUGGCACCGUGCGUGGCGAUAAAUUCAGCGGUCAGUCUCGGCUUGUUAGACUUCUUUUGAAAGACGAGAUUGUGUUGGUAAAGAAAACACACAAGCCAACCAUUCGAGAGAGUGAAACCGGGCUGCUCUACCAUCUUCCUGAGGAUCUUUGCCUCCGUCUCCACAACCCGGCGUCGAGUGACACGGAUAUGCUUGGAACGAACUUCACGCAACUCAGAGAUGAGAAGAGAGUCCAGUUCUUCACAAAAGACACGGCGAACGCCCCCGCCAAGACAAAAUCUGCUCAUCGACUCCUCGUCAAACGCGCCAGCAUUGUCUUGAUGGACCCAGUCGCGGAUGCAGCGACGGUCGACGUUGUACUUGACGGAAUCGGGUCGGAAAGAUGA